AUGGGUUCGUAUGGUCCUCAUUCGCGUUCCAAGAAUCACCUCGACGCGGUUGUACGUUUCCUGGCUCGAAAAGCGGCUGAACAGGUGGUCAUUCCUGCCCUCGAUGACAACCACCCGCCCUCCACCAAUCGCUCGCCGUCACCUCCUCAACAAGAUGACAUCUUUGGCCAUGAUGCCCCUGGUUCCGACACACCCGAACCCCCUCCCUCUCCUCUGUCCUGCCUCCGUGCCUUUGCGCUGGCCCAAGAAAAGCAACCUGGCGACUCAGAAGACUCUGACGACGACCUCGACAUCCACAAGCUCGCUGAGGCUAUUCAUGCCAUGGAGGACGACAUGUUUGGUCCAAACGAUGAGGCCAUGGAUGAGGCCAGUCUAGAAGAAGAUUUGCAAACCGGUCAGGUAUUGGAUUCCUCUGAGUGGCACCCUUUCAAAAAGAAAGAACAUCCUAUCCCGGUCCCAAUACCACCGUAUACGCUCGAUUUUGCUUAUAUGCCAUGUCCGGCUCCCAGAGUGGGGGGCGCUGCGUGCUCUAAGCAAGCGCCUCAAGAAGAAUCUUGGUCUUCAAGUGUCUGA